AUGGAAAUGCAACUUCAAAGUUCGAACUUGUCUGUCUGCAACACGAGCAACUUCACUCAGAGGCAGCCGCCUACGUUCAGGACAACCCUCCUAACAGGUCUCAAGUCGGAAAGCAUUCACGACGUGGUGACAGGACAAGCAGCAAUACACUGGGUGCAGAUAAACGGCCUCUCGCGGUGGCUGGCAAAUCCUCAUAUAUACUGCGCAACCCUCGCCAUGGAAGUUGUCAGAUCACUGCCAGGAUCGUCCGACAGGGUUCCACAAGAGAUCUGUGACCACAUAUUGGACUAUCUCUGGAAUGAUUACGCCACCCUCCGAAUUUGCAGCUUGACGACACGUAAAUGGCUUCCAACGACUCGCUUUCAUCGGUUCCGCAUCGUCGUCAUCUUCUCGUCCUCCUCUUAUACGCAGUUCAUGGAUAUUCUCGAUAAAUCUCCAGCAGUUGGAUCAUAUAUUCGUGACCUUAGUCUCGGAUUAUAUGAGAAUCCUCCACACGUACAACGUCUGCUCGAUAAGAUUGGAACGUCGCUCCAGCACUUAAGGAUAUCACCGCUGCUAAAUCCUGCAGAGUCCGUGACUCUCGCCAACAACACCGAAUUACGCUCACUAUACAUUGAAUAUAUCGAUGUUGACGGGCGGCAUUCGCAUCUCCCUGAAGACUACAAUUGGAUAAUGGCAGCUCUGUGUCACUUGAACUCCCCCCAUCUGGAGGAGAUCCGGCUGGGCCUGCAAUUUCGCCUUCCCCGCGAUUUGUCAGUCCUGAAGUGGUCUGCACUGGACGAGCAUCUCACUCGUCUCGCCCGCGACCUGCCUCGACUGGUGAUCGUGUUUCACGCGUACAAUCUAGUUCCAACAUACGCGGUCCCAGACGCGGCCCCAUACGCGUUCCCACACGAUGUGGUAGCUACCAUUGUCAGGGAGUUACCCAAACUGGGAGAUAGCGGGAAUCGUUGGGGGGUGAUUUGUGAAGGUCGCGGUGCUGCUGGUGAGAAAGAGCAUUGGUUCAACACGGUAAAGACGCUGCAGACGUGA